AUGCCGCGCCAACAAAUCAAUCUCGAACCCUACCGGGACGAGAUUAUCACGCUGUUUCAACACGGCAUUAGUAGCGACUCCAUCGGCCGCACACUUGAAAGCCGGUACAACAUCCAAGUGAAGGAACGCACUAUUCAGUCACGACUGCGGAAGUGGGGCAUUCGCAAACGCAGCCGAACAACAACAGCCGAUGUGGUGCUGCAUGCACGGAUCAAGGUGCUCUUCGUUCAAGAUAGACUGACCGAUAAGGCAAUGCUCAAGCUGCUACGGCAAGACGGCUAUGACAUCUCUGAACGCACACUUCGCCGCUUACGGUUCCAGCUUGGGCUCCACGCCAGAGCUUCUUUCGAGCACGACCGGAGCUCUUCCCCAGUCACAUUGCCUGUCGCUGUCCCGGUAUCAAUGCUGGCUAAAGAAGACAGCAACCCUUGA